AUGUCGCACCGCAAGAAAGUGCUGCUCAAGCUGAUCAUUCUUGGCGACAGCGGUGUCGGCAAGACGUCGCUCAUGAAUCAAUACGUGAACGAGAAGUUCAGCAGUCAGUACAAAGCCACGAUCGGCGCUGAUUUCCUCACCAAAGAGAUUGUACUGGAGGACAAAGUGGUGACGAUGCAGAUCUGGGACACGGCGGGUCAGGAGCGCUUCCAGAGUCUUGGCGUCGCUUUCUAUCGAGGCGCUGAUGCCUGUGUGCUGGUCUAUGAUGUCACGAACGCAAAGUCGUUCGAGAAGCUGGACGCGUGGCGAGAUGAGUUCUUGGCACAAGCGGGACCACGAGAUCCGGACGCGUUUCCGUUUAUUGUACUGGGCAACAAAGUCGACAAGGAGUCGGACCGAAGGAUUCAUAAGGAGAAGGCGCAAGAGUGGUGCCGUAGCAAAAAUGCACAUCCGCCGAUCGAGCACUUUGAGACAAGCGCGAAAGAAGCCACAAGUGUAGCAGAAGCUUUCCGGACAAUCGCGGGCUCGGCUUUGCAGAAAGGCCAGGAAGACGACAUCUACGUACCUGAGACGAUCGAUCUCAGUGGCACAUUACCGAAACGGGAGAGCUCGUCAUGCUGCUAG